AUGUGGUCGGUGUUAGCCGGAGUAUUGGCGAUCGCGUCGCUGGGCGCGGCUUGCACCCCCAGUGUGACCACCGUCAGUGGUACCCACGCACCAGCCACCGUCUGUUCUGGUGCUCUCAUCUUCGCUGACGACUUUGACACUUUCGACCUCGAGAAAUGGCAGCAUGAGAACACUUUAGCUGGUGGUGGUAACUGGGAGUUCCAAUACUACGGCAACAAUCGCAGCAACUCUUUCGCUCACAGUGGACGUUUGUAUAUACGUCCCUCUCUAACAUCAGACCAGUUUGGGGAAGCUUUCCUUUCAUCUGGACACUGGAACGUCGAGGGUGGUGCGCCGGCCGACAGAUGCACAAAUCCGCAAUGGUGGGGUUGCGAGAGGACAGGCACACCGACCAAUAUUUUGAACCCAAUCAAGAGUGCGCGCGUCCGUACCGUCGAUUCCUUCAGCUUCCGUUACGGACGCGUUGAAGUUCGUGCUAAAAUGCCCGCCGGAGAUUGGCUGUGGCCAGCUAUCUGGUUGAUGCCAGCGUACAACACGUACGGUACUUGGCCUGCAUCAGGAGAGAUUGACUUGGUUGAGUCCCGAGGCAACCGUGCCAUGACCCUCAAUGGUGUCCACAUCGGUACACAGGAAGCUGGCUCAACCCUACACUACGGACCUUACCCUGCGAUGAACGGUUGGGAGCGCGCGCAUUGGGUCAGGAGAAACACUGCUGGCUAUAACAGCAACUUCCACCGUUACCAACUUGAAUGGACACCAAACUACUUGCGAUUCAGCAUCGACGAUAUGGAGCUUGGACGUGUAACACCUGGCAAUGGUGGCUUCUGGGAGUACGGUGGUUUCAACAGCAACUCUAACAUUGAGAACCCAUGGAGAUACGGAAGCAGGAUGGCGCCUUUCGAUGAGAAGUUCUAUCUUAUCAUCAACUUGGCUGUCGGUGGUACCAACGGAUUCUUCCCUGAUGGUGUCAGCAACCCUACACCCAAACCCUGGUGGAACGGAUCCCCAACCGCCCCAAGAGACUUCUGGAACGCAAGAUGGUCUUGGUUGCCAACCUGGAACUUAAAUGUCAACGAUGGACAGGACGCUUCCCUGCAAGUCGACUACGUCCGCAUCUGGGCUUUGUAA